AUCCAUCGUAUAAAAAUGAACUUUCCAACAGUAGAACUUCUCGUCUACCUUCUCCCCUUCCCCCUCUAUCCGUCCACUCUCUCUCUCCCUCAAGAUCGACUUCUUUUCCACCUACUUUUAUCUCGAAUCUUGGAGAGCAUUCGUUGAAACCCUAGCCCUAGAUCGGCUUCCGGAUUUUGUUCUCACCUCCUGUUCUGAGGAUAUCUUGGAGCUAUGGUUUUCUUCAGAAGUGUCGCGGUGCUCUCGAAGCUUCGUUCUCGUCUUGCCCAGCAGUCUACUUCACUGGGUGCGGCGCGGUGGUUGCAAAUCCAGAGCGCUUCAGAUCUUGAUCUUCAUUCUCAAUUGAAGGAUAUGAUUCCAGAACAACAGGAGCGCUUGAAGAAACUGAAGGCAGAAAAUGGAAAAGUUCAACUCGGCAAUAUUACUGUUGAUAUGGUUAUUGGUGGAAUGAGAGGAAUGACUGGGUUGCUAUGGGAGACAUCUCUACUUGAUCCAGAUGAGGGUAUUCGGUUCAGGGGCCUCUCCAUUCCUGAAUGUCAGAAACUGUUGCCUGCUGCAAGUCCUGGGGGGGAGCCUUUGCCUGAGGGUCUUCUGUGGCUUCUUUUGACUGGCAAGGUGCCAAGCAAAGAACAAGUUGAUGCGCUAUCAAAGGAACUGCAGAGUCGCUCAAAAGUUCCAGAUCAUGUUUACAAGGCGAUCAAUGCUCUUCCAGCAACAGCUCAUCCAAUGACACAGUUUACUACCGGUGUUAUGGCACUACAGGUUGAAAGUGAAUUUCAGAAGGCAUAUGAUAAAGGGUUAUCUAAAGCAAAGUUCUGGGAGCCGACAUAUGAGGACUCUAUGAACUUAAUUGCACGAGUUCCAGUUGUGGCUUCUUUUAUUUAUCGAAGGAUUUGCAAGGAGGGACAAAUCAUACCCGCUGACAGUUCUCUGGAUUAUGGUGCAAACUUUUCUCACAUGCUGGGAUAUGAUGAUCCAAAAAUGCUGGAGUUGAUGAGACUUUAUGUAACAAUUCACAGUGACCAUGAGGGUGGGAAUGUUAGUGCACAUACUGCUCAUCUGGUUGGUAGUGCUCUGUCGGAUCCAUACCUUUCAUUUGCAGCUGCACUUAAUGGUUUGGCUGGACCACUCCAUGGUUUGGCUAAUCAGGAAGUGCUUUUAUGGAUCAAAUCUGUGGUAAAAGAGUGUGGAGAAAACAUUACAACUGAACAGUUGAAAGACUAUGUCUGGAAGACUUUAAAUAGUGGCAAGGUGGUUCCUGGAUAUGGGCAUGGAGUUCUACGUAAAACAGAUCCAAGAUAUACAUGCCAAAGGGAAUUUGCAUUGAAACAUUUACCUGCUGAUCCAUUGUUCCAGCUGGUUUCAAAGUUGUAUGAAGUUGUUCCUCCGAUACUUACUCAGCUAGGCAAGGUGAAGAAUCCAUGGCCCAAUGUUGAUGCUCAUAGUGGAGUCUUGCUGAACCAUUUUGGUUUGUCUGAAGCAAGGUAUUACACUGUUCUAUUUGGUGUCUCAAGAAGCAUCGGGAUAGGCUCCCAGCUUAUAUGGGAUCGUGCGCUUGGAUUACCACUUGAGAGGCCAAAGAGCGUGACCAUGGAAUGGCUUGAAAACUACUGCAAGAAAGCUGCCUGAGCGUAUAAGCAUCAUGUUGGAGGUAAUUCAUCAUGCUGAUUUUCUUGUACAAUAAGAGAAACGGGGCACAGCAGGCGAGCCUUGUAUGUGUUGUUUCAGCGGAGAGAAUAAGUUGGGCAGCAUUUUUUUUAAUAUAGGAGUGAGAUUCACCGGGAAGAAUAAUUUGAGUAGCAUUCUUUUCUUUUACGGCAGCCAGAAACUUUUGAUGGCCAUCUAUCUCCAGUCACACUGAUCGGUCCUUAACGUUAUAACCACUUGGACACUCAGAGAUGAGGAACAUUGAGCUCAGUUUUUUGUUGAUCUAAUAUCCAUUGUAUCACAUGUAUCACACUUGAUCCCCUGGGAUCCUGAGGUUUGAACUCGUCGAGGGAUUGAAUAUAUUGUUUGGCUAUCGCUGUCUUCCCCCUUUUUUCCUUGGUGGUUGGAAACACUGCCUGAAGGAAGUUUAGUUAGUAGACCUUCGCGGUUCAAUGCAUAAUAUAUAUUUGGAUUGAACAAUUUUA